CUUAUACAAGCCAUUGUCUGUUGCAGUUCUCUGACUUCGCAUAUUCGCAGGAGCAGAAGCACCAUGGCUGACACCAUUUUCACCGCCACUGUUGCCUAGAAGACGAUGGUGGCAUCUCUCACGGCUCAGCGCACUCAUCAGCCUGGUGCCUUCACUCUUCUCAAGCAGGAACAGACUCUUCUAAGCCUGCAGCAACAGUGGUUGGGCGCGGCAACCAUAAGCCGCCACUCUUCCCAAUCUCCUAUGCACCUGGCGCUCCAUAGGGCAGCACACCAGGUCAGCCGAGCGUGCAGGUCUGCUCUUUUGGAGCCCUUAAGUCGCGCUUCCGUCGGGUCUUUGAGCCCUCAAAGCUUUGCGGAUAUCUGCCACCAUUUGGCAUUCUCCAGGUCAGUGGUCAAAGCACCUUCUCAAGGAGUUAGCAGAAGCUUUUGUCUCGCUGAGAACGUAGAAAGCAUGGAGAAUCAAGAGAUAUCAGACAGCGCUGAGCCAGCGACCGUUCAAGCGGAAGCUUCCACAGAGAAUGGGAGUGAAAACGGUUCGGUUGAGAAAGCAUCCAGGCUAGUUCUCGGCAUUGAGACGAGCUGCGAUGAAACGGGUGCUGCGGUGGUAAGCACUGAUGGGCGGGUAUUGGGCGAGGCACUCGCAUCGUCGGCUGCGAUACACGCGCAGUGGGGCGGUGUCGUGCCGGCCUUGGCGAAGGGAGAACACGAGAAGGCGAUUGAUGGGGUGGUCGACUUGGCCCUUUCAAAUGCGGGUGUCUCCGCUAGUGAUCUCUCGGCAAUUGCGGUGACCAUCGGGCCAGGGUUAAGCCUCUGUCUCAGAUUAGGCGCCAUGAAAGCGAGGGAACUUGCAAGACAACACCGGACGCCCCUCAUCAGCGUACACCAUAUGGAGGCGCACGCGCUGGUCGCACGGCUUACGAACGACGGCGUCAACUUUCCGUUCCUGACGCUCCUCGUGUCGGGGGGGCACAACCUUCUUUUGCUGGCCCACAGCGUCGGGCAUUACACUCAGCUGGGGACCACUUUAGACGACGCGCUUGGGGAGGCGUAUGAUAAGACGGCGCGCCUUUUGGGCCUGGAUCUGAGCAAAGGGGGGGGUCCCGCCCUAGAAGCGCUUGCCAGGGAAGGGGACCCCCAGCGCUUCAAGUUCUCUGUUCCCAUGCGGGCCAGCAAAACGGGGUCGAAGACUUGCGACUUUUCGUAUGCGGGCCUCAAGACCAACGUCCGAUUGGCGAUCGAGUCGGAGAUUCCCGGGGCCGAGCAGCGGCCGCUUGCUGACGUGGACGCGACGGAACGGCAGCUGCGAGCGGAUAUUGCGGCGUCCUUUCAGCGCGUUGCGGUAGCGCAUCUAGAGGAGCGGACACGGCGCGCAAUUGGAUGGGCGCUCGAACAGGAACCAAACAUCAAGUGCUUGGUCAUGGCUGGGGGCGUGGCUGCCAACAAGUACGUCCGCGAAAGCCUGACGCGCGCUGUGCAAGAAGGUCCCCUGGAGUUGACUCGAAGAGAGGUUAAACUUGGGAUGAAACGAAAGGAGUACACGCCGAUCCGGCUAGUCUGCCCGCCCCCGCGGUUAUGUACCGACAAUGGGGUGAUGGUGGCAUGGGCAGGAGUCGAACGGCUGCGACUGGGGCUGGAAGAGCCGCCGCCGCCGCUAGAGGAAACGGACCAUUCAAACGUCCAACUGCGGCCGCGAUGGCCGAUGGGGGAGAUCCACUCGAAGAGCACGACCGGCGUUGGGUCCAUUCGUGCGACUCGCGCUUUUCCCUCGCUCACAGCCUUCACAAAAAGCAUGUCGACGUCGGCGCAGCCUGCAGCGAGCGUGCUUUAGGGCUUUCCAGUGCGCUCGAGUAGGAUCGAAGGGGGACUAGGACACGCUAUACAAGGAUGUAGAAGCUCGGGAGCAACAAUGGAAAUUGCACAUUGAAUCCGUAGACUGCGCAUGACAAGAAGCCUGCCUUGAAAACUAGCGCACUCCUACGAACCUGUACUCGCAGUCUAGCGCUCGGCCGUACACGAGACUCAGAGUCCGGCUCACAUCAGAUUCUUGAUCAGCACAGAUUUUUGGACACCAUUUGGAACCGGACAGUGCGUCAAAGUACAGUGACGUUGAAAAUACAUGUAAGAUCGCACGGAAUCCUGGAUGGUAACGGUCAUACACAUAUCGCCGUCCG